UCUCCUCCUCCUCCUCUCUCUGCCACACAUCUCUCUCAUCCUCCAGCCCAAGGAGUGGAUCUCAGCUGUCAGGGACCCCUCUCUCCCCGGUGGUAUCACCCAGCAGGAGCUGCCAAGCCAGAUAGAGCGCACGCUGAUUGCACGGGAGGAAGGAGCUGUGGUUUUUAUCUGGGUUAGGUCCUAAUUAAAUGGCUGAUAAACAAAUCAAUUUGCCCGCCAAGCUUAUAAAUGGAGGUAUAGCUGGACUGAUUGGCGUAACCUGCGUUUUUCCUAUCGACUUGGCCAAGACUCGGUUACAAAAUCAGCAAAAUGGACAGAGAAUGUAUACCAGCAUGUCUGAUUGCCUCAUUAAAACCAUCCGUUCUGAAGGUUACUUUGGCAUGUAUAGAGGUGCUGCUGUGAAUUUAACUCUUGUUACACCAGAGAAGGCCAUUAAAUUAGCAGCCAAUGACUUCUUCAGACAAGCUCUGUCCAAAGAUGGGAAGAAGCUGACGCUGCUGAAGGAGAUGCUGGCUGGGUGUGGAGCAGGGACAUGCCAGGUCAUUGUCACUACACCUAUGGAGAUGCUGAAAAUCCAGCUGCAGGAUGCUGGGAGGCUCGCUGCUCAGAGAAAACUCAUGGAGUCUCAGGCGGGACCGAACAGCUCUGUAGCGGAGUCCUUAACAGCGCGGCCUACAGCAAUGCAGAUCUCACGGCAGCUUCUGAGAAGUGAAGGGAUUGCUGGAUUAUACAAAGGCCUGGGAGCCACAUUGCUUAGAGAUGUCCCUUUCUCCAUAAUUUACUUUCCUCUCUUCGCUAACUUGAACAAGCUGGGCCAGAAGACCCCCGAUGGAAAAUCCCCCUUUUUUGUGUCUUUCCUUUCCGGCUGUGCAGCUGGGAGCACUGCUGCUGUUGCUGUUAAUCCGUGUGAUGUGAUUAAGACAAGGCUGCAGUCAUUACAGCGAGGGAUUAAUGAAGAUACCUACUCAGGAAUCAUAGAUUGUACCAGAAAGAUCUGGAGAAGUGAGGGUCCUGCUGCCUUCUUGAAGGGAGCUUACUGUCGAGCCCUGGUCAUUGCUCCACUUUUUGGCAUCGCUCAGGUCGUCUACUUUAUUGGAAUCGGAGAAUUCUUGCUGGGAUUUUUACCUUCUCACCGUAAUUAAUGUUGAUGCAAGUACAAAAGCCUGGUUUAGGGUAUCCUUAAAGUACCCUUGUUUUGGCUGCUCUUGCCACAUUCCUUCUAUAAUGGGACAUUCCUGUCUCUCCAUCAUAAUGAUUGGUUUAUAUGAACCAUAAUAAUGGUUGUUUUAUAAAACCCCAAUUCUCAGUACAGUGGUAUGGUCCACAAUUGUCCUGAUGUGCUGCAGAACUCCUCAGCCAAUCAAAUUACAUCUUUUUCUGUGGUAUACAGAAGAAAGCCAUCUUGUUGGGUAACAUAAUCCCCGCUAAUGUUUGGGGGUUCAGACAACUUCACCCUGCUACUUGUCAAAAAGGGUUAUUGCUGAUGGGUCUAACAAAAGAUGGUAGCAAUAUAUGUUUUAGGUGUAAUCAGCUUUAGGUAACCAUUUUUCUUGCUGCAUAGGCUAGCAACAUGCGAUAAUUACAGGGUAGGCUCUAAUUAUCAGUUUGAUGCUGACAUCAACAUUUUAAUAUCAAAAUGUCGGGUCACGAAAUAGUAGACUUUUAGGGGCACAUUUACUCAGUUCGAGUGAAGGAAUAGAAUAAAAAAAACUUUGAAUUUCGAAAUGUUUU